AUGUGGCCGGACUGGAUGAGGAAGAGGAUCUGGAACUGGAGGAGUGCAGUGAACCUGAGGGGCGAGGCAGCACCUGCCUCGCCCCUCAGGAUCAACAACCACUACUGGAUCAACCACCACUGGAGGAUCAAUAACUACUGGGGGUUCCACAACUGGAGGAUCAACAACAUCCGGAGGAUCAACAAUCACUGGAGGAUCAACAACCACUGGAGGACCAACAACAACUGGGGAUUCAACAGCCGCUGUUGUAUCUACAACUACGGGAGGUUCAACAACCACUGCAGGAUCAACAACCACUGGAGAUCAAUAACCACUGGACGAUCAUCAACCACUGGAGGAUCAACAACCACUGGAGGAUCAACAACCACUGGAGGAUCAAUAACCACUGGACGAUCAACAACCACUGGACGAUCAACAACCACUGGAGGAUCAAGAACAACUGAAGGAUCAACAACCACUGGAGGAACAAUAACAACUGGAAGUUCCACAACUGGAGGAUCAACAACCACUGGUUCCACAACUGGAGGAUCAACAACAGCAGGAGGAUCAACAACCACUGGAGGACCAACAACAACUGGAGAUUCAACAACCGCUGUUGCAUCUACAACGACGGGAGGUUCAACAACUGCAGGAUCCACAACUGCAGGCUCAACAACAACUGCAGGCUCAACAACCACAGGAGGACCAACAACCACUGGAGGAUCAACAACCACUGGAGGAUCAAUUACCACUGGACGAUCAUCAACCACUGGAGGACAAACAACUACUGGAGGAUCAACAACCACUGAAGGAUCAACAACCACUGCAGGAUCAACAACCACUGGAGGAUCAAUAACAAUUGGAGGAUUAACAACCACUGGAGGAUCAACAACCACUGGAGGACCAACAACAACUGGAGAUUCAACAACCGCUGUUGUAUCUACAACUACGGAAGGUUCAACAACUGCCGGAUCAACAACAACUGCAGGCUCAACAACCACUGGAGGAUCAAUAACCACUGGAGGUUCCACAACUGGAGGAUCAACAACCACAGGGGGACCAACAACCACUGGAGGAUCAAUAACAACUGGAACACCGGAGAUUCAUCAAUAA